CCUUCUCACUCCUCCAUGGCAUUGGCCCCUAACAACGGUCACAACGCUGCCCUUCUGUCCAAGAUAGCAACUAACGGUGGCCAUGGCGAGAACUCGCCGUAUUUUGAUGGGUGGAAAGCAUACGAAAGCGAUCCUUACCACCCCACCACAAACACUCAAGGGGUUAUCCAAAUGGGUCUUGCAGAAAAUCAGCUCAGCCAUGAUCUUAUAGAGGAUUGGAUUAGGAGAAACCCCGAGUCGUCGAUUUGCACACCUCAGGGUUUAUCAGAAUUCAAAGAUAUUGCAAUCUUUCAGGAUUAUCAUGGGCUGCCAGCUUUCAGAAAUGCAGUGGCCAAGUUCAUGGAGAAAGUGAGAGGAGGGAGAGCCAAAUUCGAUCCUGAUCGGAUUGUUAUGAGCGGUGGGGCCACCGGAGCUCAUGAGCUGAUCGCCUUCUGUCUGGCAGAUCCUGGAGAAGCGUUCUUAGUCCCCACUCCUUAUUAUCCAGGAUUUGAUCGAGACUUGCGAUGGCGAACAGGAGUCCAACUACUACCAAUCGUCUGCGAUAGCUCGAAUAAUUUCCAGAUCACCAGAUCCGCACUUGAAGAGGCAUACAAGAAAGCCCAGGAAGCCAACAUCAGGGUAAAGGGGGUUCUCAUAACCAACCCAUCUAACCCAUUGGGAACCAUUUUAAGCAGAGAAACCCUAAAAACCGUAGUACGCUUCAUUAAUGAAAGGUGCAUCCAUCUUAUCUGCGAUGAGAUCUACGCCGCCACCGUCUUUACUGGCCCUAAUUUCAUCAGCAUCUCUGAAGUACUACUAGAAGAAACUGACUACAAUCCAGAUCUUAUCCACAUUGUCUACAGUCUCUCAAAAGAUCUUGGCCUCCCAGGAUUCAGAGUUGGAGUGGUGUAUUCAUACAAUGACAAUGUGGUGAGCUGCGCUCGCAAGAUGUCAAGCUUUGGACUAGUCUCCACCCAAACCCAACGCCUAAUCGCAUCCAUCCUUUCAGAUGAUGAGUUCGUGAAUAAGUUCCUAACUGAGAGUGCUAGGAGGUUAGCAGAGAGGCAUCGUAUCUUUAUGCACGAGCUAGCUCAAGUCGGCAUUGGCUGCUUAAAGAGCAAUGCUGGGCUCUUUUGUUGGAUGGACCUGCGGCCGCUCCUUAAAGAAUCCACAGUGGAUGGGGAGAUGGAACUCUGGCUCACUAUUAUCAAUGUCUUUAAGCUCAAUGUUUCACCGGGCUCUUCUUUCCAUUGCUCAGAGCCUGGUUGGUUUAGGGUUUGUUUUGCUAACAUGGACAACGCGACCAUGAAGGAGGCUCUUAAGAGGAUCCAAACGUUGGUGUUCAAAUCUAACAAGGUUAUUGUUCCAACAAUGAAGAAGCGAGGUUGGCAGGAGAGGAGUCUUCGACUCAGUGCUCAAAGAUUUGAAGAAGUAUUGAUGACCCCACGCAUGAUCAUGUCACCCCACUGUUUGAUGUCACCGCAUUCGCCGCUUGUGCAGGCUGCGAGUUGAGUUGUUUGGUAGGAUUUGAUUUAGAGAUGAGGGAUGAGUUCAAUUGUAUACACAUCCCCUUAGGUUAUUUGUUCAUUCUUUCUUGUAUGCAUCCCUAAUAAUAAUUGAUUUGUUCAUUCUUUCUUGUAUGCAUCCCUAAUAAUAAUUGAUUUGUUCAUUCUUUCUUGUAUGCAUCCCUUAAUAAUUGAUUUGUUCAUUCUUUCUUGUAUGCAUCCCUAAUAAUAAUUGAAUCGCCAUGGCUUGAGAGGUU